GGCAAAUUACAUCUCGGACUUUCAUUGACAUCUGAAAUAAAAAUAGAAAUUGUGAUGUUUUCGAUAUGAAUGUAGAUAACUAAAUUUAGCCAUUGUAAUCUGGAUUUUAUGUAUUUUCUUUCAGAAUGGAUUGUGAAAAAAUUUCACCUUUGGCUGAAAUUAAAGAAUUAUUAGUACUGAUAAAGUGUGCAACUCCUAUUUUGCAUGCAACGUGUUUGAUGAAAUGACUGAGAGAAAACUCAAUAAAAAAAGACCACUGUAACAGAACAGGGACAUACCUUUUUCUCAAUAAACAAAGACCAUCGCAAUGGAUUGUGAAAAAUAUUCACCUUGGCUGAAAUGAAAGCACUAAUGCCAAUAAAUUGAGCAACCCUUGAUUUGCAUGCAAGGUGUUCGAUGAAAUGAUUGAGAGAGAAAUCAAUCGUAAUUUCUAGUUUAUACUUGUCCCCCCUUUUUCGUCAAUGAAGCUAUCUUGCUAGUUUAUACUUGUUCGGCUCAUUUCAUUUUUAAUUGCUUUCAGAUUGUCCCGACGCAGUCACUUCUAAGUGUUGUAAAUGGGAUUCUUGAUGAAAGCGUUGAGCGGAAGAAUGGCGUGUAGCAUUCCUAUUGAGAAAAGUGGUGCAAGAAAUAGCUACAGAUAACUACCAAAACAGAUGUUUUUGCAUUUGGAGCAGUUCUUGCUGAACUAAUAACUAGCAAAUGCGCAUUCAUUCGUGAAAAUGGGGAUCCAAACAAGAUGAAAUCAUUCGUCUCAAUCAAAAUGCCCUUGCUCAGCAAUCAUGUACUUUACGAACUCAGUUGGAGAUAUCACUUAAAGACAAUGCUUCAUUAUUUCUGAAAAUUGUUUUCUGCAGCCAGAGAAGACAAGUUGACUGCCUACAAUAGGUCAGUGGUGAACAACUUCCAAACUGAUUUUGCGAAGCAACUUGAUUUUCUUUCCAACUCAGUAGCAACAUCAGUGUAUCGGCAAAAUGAAUACAUCCAGUGUGUUGAGAAGUUCUGUCACAACUUUCUUGAACCACAUUAUAAGUUGACAACCAUAUUCCAGUGGAACAAUCAAGAGCAGAAACAGAAAAGCUUUUUACUGAAUUGACUACCUUGAUCUCCAAUCACAUGGAUCGACAAAAAGAGCUGGUUCGAUUCUACUCUCGUGGUGGUUGGUGGUAUCUCUUCCUUUGAGUUUCUUAUCUAUAGUUUUCUUCUCAUUUUUACAAAGAAAUAUCAAUUGAGUAUCUUUGCUAAGUUCAGGUGGAUUUUCACACUGUCAAAAAUCUUAUUAAGUUUUAAUGUUACCUUUUUUUUUUUCUUUUUUUUUUUAAAAAAAAAAAAAAAAACACCUUAUAAGUUUUCUACAAACAAGUGAUAAGUUCUUAUAAGUCUUUUCAAGUGCUCUAAGAAUUUAAAGUUUCAGCUGUGCGUUUAAGCAUCACAUAAUUUUUAUUUGUAGACAUGUUUAUGAACUUGAUUUCAUCAAAUUCGUAAAUGUUUACGAGCCAACUGGAUCAAUGCCAAUUUGGUCUUGAAGGAAUAGAUUGUCAACUGAGUUUGUGUAGAGUGUUCAAAACCUUGAUAGGUCUGUGAAACUCAACAUUAAAUGUGAUCAUUAAUGCGACAAGUUAUUGGACUACCCUGCUCCUUCUUUUACCAUGUAGGAAAACUGUCAUUAUGUUUUGACACUAUAUUUCAACCUGUUAAAACUGGAGGUCAAUGAGAAACCAUUGAAAGCAAGGUUGUGUUGAAGCUUGACCAUCUGAUGCACAUGUUUAUAUAAUCUGACUUUGCCAAAACUCCUUUUCUUAAUUUUAACUACUGAUGGAUCUUUAGAAGGAUGUAAGCGCAGAUAAAGUGAUCGCAAAGGGCCUUCCUGCUUCUCCUGCGGCAGCAGUGGGACAUGUUGUGUUCAGCGCUGAAGAUGCUGAAGCAUGGCAUGCUCAAGGGAAGAGUGCUAUUUUUGUAUUUCCUGACCUUACCCUUUAUCUAAUUAAGGUGAUAGCUAUGCUACCACACUGUCGUAUCUUUGUUUAAAUGAAUUAUCCUUUAUUUAUAUUGUUCUCGUGGAUGGGGGGAGGCUAUCAGAAUGGGUUUGUUGGGAGGUAACUACAAACUAAGAUAUUGUUUAUUGAAAUCUUUUCAUCAACCAUUUAUUGGAUGUUGGUUGGAAAUCUUGGAAACAACAUCCACAACAUUCUUUCUUUGUGCAAUUAACAGUUUCUCUAUUCUUGAAUUUGAACUUUUCCGUUAUGGCAUAUAAAGGUGAGAACUGAAACAAGUCCAGAAGAUGUUGGAGGCAUGCAUGCUGCUGCUGGGAUCUUAACCGCACGAGGUGGCAUGACAUUUCAUGCAGCCAUUGUACCCCAUGGUUGGGGUAAAUGUUGUGUGUCCGGGUGUGCUAAAAUUCGUGUCAAUUAGUCGGAAAACGUACUGCUAUAACUACUCAAAGUGAAACACACCUGCUGAAAUCAAGGAACUUGGAAGAAAUCAAUCUCAUAAUUGAAGACAAAGUGAUUCAUGAAGGAGAUUGGCUUUCAUUGAACGGAUCAACAGGUGACGUAAUCUUGGGAAAGCAGCCACUAGCACCUCCAGCUAUGAGUGGUGAUUUGGAGAUCUUCAUGUCUUGGGCUGAUAAGAUCAGGCGCAUCAAGGUUAUGGAAAAUGCUGACACAGCAGAAGAUGCACUAGCAGCAAGAAAUAAUGGUGCUGAAGGGAAUGGUCUAUGCAGGACAGAGCACAUGUUCUUCGCAUCAGAUGAAAGAAUAAAAGCUGUGAGAAGGAUGAUAAUGGUAGCUACUACUGAGCAGAGGAAGGAAGCGCUCGACUCGUUGUUGCCUUACCAGAGAUCUGACUUUGAGGGCAUUUUUCGUGCAAUGGAUGGGAUGCUACAAAGUCCAGAAUACCGUCAACAGUUGCAAGACAUGAUGACAUCUGCCACUCGAGGAAAAUAAAUGCUUAGGGUGUUGCAAGGCUAUAGGGUGAACGAUCGUAGAACAAAUAAGAGCUGAAACAAAGCAAUUUUCACAAAUGCAGGAAAUGCUGCAGCAAGUUAGAGGGAAGGUGAAAGAACUGCAGGCUUCUCGCCAAGAAUAUCACAUUGAGGGGAGCAGAAGAUCAUAACUAAACCAACCACUAAGCUGUUUGCCGUAGUUUCUGUAGGGAGAAUACAAAUAGUGGCUCGAUUUCCUUGUUUCUCCGUUGCUGGACACAUUCUUUCUGUUUUGAUAAUGAUAAUCAUACUUGAUGAUUGCUAGAGGAUCAAAAAGUGGUUCUUGUUCGAAGUGAAUGAAGUAGUUUUGAGUUUGAUAAUUCUUCCAGUAAUGACCAUAUUGCUCUUAUGAGUUUUAUUUUGAAUUUAAUGCUAUAAAAGAA